AGCCCGUGACUAUUGGUCGCCGUACCGCGAUCUGUCAAAAGAACGGUUAACCAUCGCUCGUGAUGUCAUUUUCGGUACCGCCUGAGGUACGCGGCGGAGAUACCUCGACGGCUGGAACGAGAUACGGGAAUAUCUGGAUCCUCACGGGACUGCGAAACGUGGACGGUGCGACGCGGAGAAAAUAAUCUGGCAGCGUCUUCGGUUGGGCCUGUAAAGUUCGCCGUUCGUUAAGAAGCAUAUCUCGAGUGUCGAGCACCCGGAGUUUUGAAAGCGGUCGCACGGACGAGCUGCACGUGAAUUGAGAUAUGGGAAUAGCGUAGUGCGAUUAACCUGUCUAGGAAAACAAUUUGUAAUUGCGACGAGCGUCGAUUGCAAUUUUCACAAGCACCAUGGAGUGGCUAUUCGGCAAGCGUAUCACUCCCGAGGAGAUGCUCAGGAAGAAUCAGAGGGCGUUGAACAAGGCGAUGCGGGAUUUGGACAGGGAAAAAAUGAGGAUGGAGCAGCAGGAGAAGAAAAUUAUAGCCGAUAUAAAGAAACUCGCGAAAGAUGGACAAAUGGAUGCUGUGAAAAUUAUGGCCAAAGACCUGGUCAGGACAAGGCGUUACGUGAAGAAGUUCAUGUUGAUGAAGGCGAAUAUUCAAGCGGUGUCGCUAAAAAUACAGACUCUACGUUCCCAGAACACGAUGGCGCAGGCCAUGAAAGGAGUGACCAAAGCGAUGCAAAAUAUGAACAAACAACUGAAUCUACCACAAAUACAGAAAAUAUUACAAGAAUUUGAGAAGCAGUCAGAGAUAAUGGAUAUGAAGGAAGAAAUCAUGAACGACGCGAUAGACGAUGCGAUGGAGGAUGAGGGAGACGAAGAAGAAAGUGAUGCUGUAGUCGCACAGGUGUUGGACGAGCUGGGUCUGCAGUUGACGGAUCAGCUCUCCGGACUACCGCAGGCGUCUGGAUCGCUGAGUGUAGCCGGCUCCAAGCAGCCGGUCGCCGCUGCGGCGGGUGGCAACGAGGAGGGCGGGGGAGGAGGCAAUCUUGCGGACGCCGACGCGGAUCUGCAAGCCAGACUCGAGAAUCUGCGACGCGAAUAAAUCGAGACUUAAAAUAUUUACUAGGUAGCUAGGCAAUGUAUAAAGAGUGUAAAAAGAAUUGGCUUUAUAUUUAGCGAAAGAGAGAAUAUAGCUUCAAAGGAAUUCGUUCCUGCCGCAAAAUGCGCGUACACUUAAUGUACAUGAAUUUAAACGAAAAAGAAUCUUGUCUGCAUACAAUUUUCCUGAACGAUCAAUCUUCGUAUUUUCUAUGCACGUUGAAUUUUAUAUGCUUCUAUACAGAACUUUCCUGUGUAAAUGCCUAAGUUCGUAAUACAGAUAUAUAUAUAUUGACAUAUACAAAAAAGAUGCUAUAUAAUAAAAUAUACGACGUUAGAAACAUA